AUGUAUUCCGUUCAUCCUAAUUCUGGUGAACGAUUCUUCCUUCGAUUAUUAUUACUUCAUGUUUGCGGGGCUACAAGUUUUGAUUAUUUAAAAACUAUUAAUGGAAUUUUAAUGAGUACUUUUAAAGAGGCAGCUAUUAAAAGAAAUUUGUUAUCAGAUGAUAAAGAGUGGGAAUCAUGCUUAGAAGAGGGAUCAAUAUAUCAAAUGCCGUCACAACUUCGGAGUACUUUUGCCUUUAUCUGCAUUUUUUGUCAGCCUGAAAAUCCUGCAUAUCUAUGGAAUAGGUUCAGAUUUAUGAUGAUUGAAGAUUAUUUGCGUCAAAAUUCAGAAGUAAUUGCAAUAAACAUGGCUUUAAUGGACAUUGAAAACGUUUUUCUUGAUCAUGGUUUAUGCUGUCAAAGUUUUGAUCUUCCUUCACCUACAAAAAUCCCCCCAAAACAACAUUAUGAUGCCCAUGUUGAAGCUGCCGAUUCAAUCGAGCCGAUUGAAUUAGAAAAUAUUCCAGAAAGAUAUUUCUUCGUGGAUGGCCCUGGAGGUUCAGAGCAAAAAAAUCAAAUUGUAUUGCCUUUUGCAACCACCGGCAUAUCCUCUAUUCUUUUAAAGGGGGGAAGAACCAUCCAUAGCGGAUUUAAAUUACCUGUGCCUACCUUUGAAACUUCUACAUCCCAUAUGAAUUUACAUAGUUCGCUAGCUCUAGAUAUUAAAAAUAGCAAAUUGAUUAUUAUCGAUGAGGCCACAAUGAUGACUAAACACGCUUUGCGAUGCAUUGACCGAUUACUUAAAGAUAUUAUGAAAAAUUCCCACCCAUUUGGCGGAAAAGUAAUUUUAUUAGGUGGUGAUUUUAGACAGACUUUACCAGUAGUGCCUAAAGGCUCCAAAGUCGAUAUUAUAGAGUCCUGUAUAAAAAGUUCAUAUUUAUGGAGUCAUUUUAAAAUAAUACAUUUGAUUGAUAAUAUGCGUAUUUCAUCAGAUCAAGUUGAUUACAAUGCUUGGUUACUUAAAAUUGGAGAUGGGCUAUCACGCAGCAAUUCUGAUCUUCCUACAAAUAGUGUUGAAAUCCCACCUUAUUUGCUUGAAAAUGAUUCAUUAAUAAAAUGUGUGUAUGGUAAUUCUAUAGAAAUUGCUGAUAUAGAUAGUCUUUCUACUAAAAUAAUAUUAACCACCAAAAAUAAAAUUGCACUUACCCUCAACAACGAUAUCAUUAAUAUAAUUUCAGGCCCUAUCAAACAUUAUUAUAGUGCAGAUUCCAUUGAAAGCGAUAAUAAGGAUGAUAUAAUGAAUUUUCCACUAGAAUUUUUGCAUUCACAAACUCCAUCCGGUAUGCCACCUCACAAGCUAACACUUAAGGUUGGUACAAUUGUUAUGCUAUUACGCAACUUGAGCCCAAAGAAAGGACUUUGUAAUGGUACCCGUUUAAUCAUACGACAUUUACAUAUUAAUUUUAUCGACGCUGAGGUAUUGACAGGCACUAAUAAGGGUUAUCGAGUUUUUCUCCCACGAAUAGAUCUAGCUCCAAGUGACUCUCAGUUACCAUUUACUUUAAAAAGACGACAGUUUCCUAUAAUUCCCGCUUUUGUGAUUACAAUAAAUAAAAGUCAAGGACAAACUUUUGAUCAUGUAGGCUUAUUCCUCCCUGAGCCCGUCUUUGCCCAUGUACAACUAUAUGUGGCUCUUACUAGAUGUAAAUCUCAAAAUAAUAUGAAAAUUAUGAUUUUGCCAUCAGAAUUACAAGGAAAAAUUUAA